CACAACAAGGGAAAAUACAGGGAGAGAAAAAGAGAUGGCCCAGGCCCUGAAGAUUGAGCUCUUCGUCAAGGCUAGUGUGGAUGCUGAAAGUGUGGGGAACUGUCCUUUCUGUCAGAGACUCUUCAUGAUUCUUUGGUUAAAAGGGGUCAACUUUACCCUCAACACUGUGGACAUGAAGAGGGCACCUGAUGUGCUGAAGGCUUUGGCUCCAGGCUCUCAGCCUCCCUUCCUCAUCUACAACGAUGAGGUCAAAACAGACACUAACAAGAUUGAGGAGUUUCUGGAGGAGACCCUGGCCCCACCACAGUAUCCAAAAUUGUGCUGUCGAUACAAAGAAUCCAACAAUGCUGGAGAGGACAUCUUCCGAAAAUUCUCAGCAUACAUAAAGAAUCCCAAUCCCGGAUUAAAUGAUAUGCUAGAGAAGAAAUUUCUAUCAACUCUGGUAAAGCUGAACAUGUACCUAGAGACACCUCUACCUCAUGAACUGGACCAGAACCCGAAUAUAACUGAGUCUACACGCCUCUACCUGGAUGGCAACAGCCUCAGCUUAGCAGAUUGCAACUUGCUUCCCAAACUCAACAUUGUCAAGGUGGUGUGUAAGGAGUACCGUAACUUUUCCAUCCCAGCAGAGCUGAAAGGUCUGACACGUUACCUGAAUAAUGCCUACAAACAGGAUGAGUUUCGCCACACCUGCCCAAAAGACUCAGAGAUCCUCAUUGCCUACGAACCUGUGGCCAAGUACCUGAACAAAUAGAUUAA